ACAACGCCCAACGCCGCAGCCCAGCCCCUACCCACGUCACGGUCUCACACUCAAAACCGACAAUAUGGCGGAUUUCACAAAAGAAGUGACCUUUAAGGCGGUCCAAGUCGACGCCCUCGUGGCUAUCAAGCUCGCUACUGCCAGCGGAAAGUUGUUUCCCAGCGUAGCUACAGGUGCCCUGGUGGGCAUGGAAAAGAACGGAAUCCUCGAAAUCACCAACUCAUUCCCUUUCCCUGAGGCAGCCGCCGCCGCCAACGAUGGCCAGAGCGACAACUCCAGCAACCUUGCUGCUUCAGCCCCCCGCGCUAAGCAGAACAUCGCAUACGGAAACGAGAUGAUCAAGUUCCUACGCGAGGUCAACGUGGACGCGAACAAUGUCGGCUGGUACACGAGCACAAGCAUGGGCAACUUUGUCAACCUCCAGACCAUCGAGAACCAGUACUUCUACCAGAAUGCCCCCAACGAGAAGACCGUCGCGCUCGUCUACGAUGUCAGCAGGAGCUCUGAGGGCGCCAUGAAUCUCCGCGCAUACAGGCUGUCCCCUGCUUUCAUGACUGCCUACAAGGAGAGCAAGUUCACAACUGAGAGCCUCCAGAAGAGCGGCCUCAGGUACUCGGACAUCCUCAUCGAGCUCCCCGUCACCAUUCGCAACUCGCACCUUCUCACCUCCCUCCUCCACCAGCUGCCUACACAGGCCCCCAAGGAGGAGCUCGCUUUCCCGCCCAACCUUGCUGCCCUGCUCCAGGACAAGAACACCCCCCAGCCUCCUCUGUACCCCAACUACGACUCGCUUGAUCUCUCGAUUGACCCCUUCCUCGAGAAGACUUGCGACCUGCUUCUUGAGAGCAUCGAGAACCAUCACACCGAGCUCAACAACUACCAGUACUAUCAGCGCUCGCUCGCCCGUGAGCAGACCAAGAUCACUGCGUGGCAGCAGAAGCGCAAGGCGGAGAACUCUGCGCGAUCAGCAUCGAAGCAGCCAUUGCUCCCAGAGGACGAGUGGCAGAGGCUGUUCAAGCUACCCCAGGAGCCCAGCAGAUUGGAGACGCUUCUUAACUCUAGGCAGGUCGAGCAGUACUCGAGGCAGGUCGAUGGCUUCACUGCCGGCGUCACAUCGAAGAUGUUCGCAGUCAAGUCGAACCUCCUGCCAGGGGAUGCUUGAGUCGUUGAGCGCUUGAGGGUCUGUAUGUUUCAUGAUAAUGCUUCUCUUGGUCAGGGCAUGGCACGGCGUUAGGUACAAGCAAGCAGCUCCAGUUGGAGAAAGCUGCGGAAUGUCUUUCUGCGAUAGUGUUGCGUAGAGAGCUAAAACGAGGGUCUCGUUAGCAGCGGGCGACGGAUUCAGCAUCGCCACUUAAAGCGCGGUGCUGAAUCAGACAAAGAAAGUAAAGUUAACCACAUGCGUCU